GAGGUUUCCAGUGAGGUCUCGCGAUACAUGUAGCAGCUGAGCCCUGUGGAGCAGAGCCGGAGCAUGACAUGUCCACAAAAAAGAUAAAUUAUCGCCGCGCAGUGUUUUUAAAGGCAUGUAAUGUGGUGAAAUUUUGAGCUCCAUCCAUCCUUGUCCGGUCCCCACCUCGUCUCCAUGACAACCCCUCCGCUGGCCCCGCCCUUCGUGGGACAGCCUCCACCUCUGCCCCAGGCCCAGGCGGCGCGGGACGUCAACACCGCCUCCCUCUGCCGCAUUGGCCAGGAGACAGUCCAGGACAUCGUGCUGAGGACCAUGGAGAUCUUUCAACUGCUCAGGAACAUGCAGCUUCCAAAUGGAGUGACGUACAAUCCCAGCACUCAUCAGGACCGACUGGGAAAACUGCAGGAGCAUCUCCGAAUGCUCUCGGUGCUCUUCAGGAAGCUCCGGCUCGUGUUCGACAAAUGCAACGAAAACUGUGCCGGGCUCGACCCAAUACCCCCGGAGCUGCUUAUUCCGUUUGUGGAAGAUGACGGGUCCAAGUUGGAGGACCGCUCAAUGAGUCGAACCACAGCUGAAGAAAGAAGAGAGAUCCUGGAGGUCAACAAGAAGUUGAGGCAGAAGAACCAGCAACUGAAGCAAAUCAUGGACCAACUGAGAAACCUCAUCUGGGAGAUCAACUCAAUGCUGGCCGUGAAGAGCUGAAAGACUCUGAGUAAAACUAAUCCUUAUUUUUAAAUACAACAGACAGGCUAAUCCAAUGUGGUCAAGAACUGGACACGUGACAGGGUACAGAGCGCACUUUAAAUGAUAUUACACAAUUUGAACUUGUUUCUGCUGAAGAUAUGAAGGACAUGAAAUGAAGAAGGCAACAAGACCAACUGUUAUGACAAUGUGGACAACCCAUCUCUUAAGUGAUCAGUAUUCAACGUUUUAUCAGACUAACCUGAAGAGUGAAGAUAUAUGUAAUUUUAUCUUUUUGUAGAUGUAGCGACAAAGUUUAUAUAUUCUAUUGUUCUACUGUUCGUCAUUUAAGUAAUCUGUUAUUGUAUGUUAUCUGUCUCUGUCUGUCUGAGUGUAUAAAAUUAAAUGCAAAAGGUUUAAUAUUUAGGACUUUAAAGAGCCCCUAAUCUGUAAAAGCAUUGGCCCGUACGUAUUUGUUUAUCCAUUGUCCAACAAAAACUCAUUAGGUGGGUGGAAUACAGAGUCUGUUUUGCAUACAUUUAGCAUCUUUAUCAUUUCUGAAGAAAGGUUUAUGAUUAGUAAUUGGAAGUUUAGCUAAGUAAUGUAGCUACGUCAUGCUAACAAUGACUGCUGUAUCCUUCCCAGGUUUACAGCUUAUCCAAAGACUAAAGUGAUCAUGUUUCUACACUAAGGACAAGGCUUGGUACUUGAUAAUAUCUUUCAAUCAAUACCAAAAUGACAAUUUAACACACUCAAGUAAAGCAAUGUAUUUUUAAAGCAAGAUUAUAGCAGUGUCUUUAAAGAGGGGGUAUUAUGCAAAAGCUUUUCAAACAUGCCGUUCACUUAUGCAUGUUUGAGUAUUUUAGCGAUUUCUCCCGCACCCUAUUCAAACACUCUUAUGGUUAGCUGUAAGAUUCUCUGCAAAGCUCCGCCCACAAUCCUACAUCACCCACGCUCCCACACGACAAUUCUCCAUAAAUAUACAAAAACAUGAUGCAAAACUGUACACAACAACUUGACAAACCUGAUGUGAUGUGCAGUAGUUUCAUUAGUGGGAUGCAUCUGAUUGUGCUGUGAUAAUACUCUGAAGGGGGAGUGACUUAACACGGGGCGCAAAGGCAGGGGACACUCAAAGUGAAACUUAUAAAACAUGAUAAUACGUUGUUUUCUGCAAAUUCAAAACACUAAAAAGUUAACAGUUAAUUCCCCAUAGAAGUAAAAUACCCCCUCUUUAAUAUCAUCACAUAAUAUUAGGUCUUAAAUAUUUGAUAUAGAUAGUUUCAACUUAAACUUUUCAGUAAAGGUCCAACUUUGUCCUAGUUUCAUCAUUUUAUUUCAGCAUCAGCACAUACAAUGACUUGAUAAUAGAGUAUCAGUUAGUGUUGACAACUCUACCAAAGACAUAGUUAAGACAUUAUUCACGUCCUAAACAAUCAAAUCUAGUAAUAAUUCCAAUAGUAAUGUUGUAGCAAUACUUUUAGACUUCCAUCAAUUUGCCCUUCACAAAUUGAAAACCAGACUCAAGAAGCACUGUGAAUUCUUAUUGUUCUUAUGUGUAUACUUGGUGCUAUCUCAGUCUGUAUUAUUGCGUAUUUUAGCUGCCUAACAGUGUGUUUAAUGUAUUCUGUGUUGGUAUUAAAUUGACUCCCUGUUGCCUUAGUGGUCUGUUCAACACAAAGUAAGUAGUCCAGUUCAUCAAAUACAGCCAUAUUAAACUGCAGAUGUAUAACCUCCAUUAAAGCUACCAUCUGUAACUAGUAGAUAGCAGAUGUGAAACCUGUAUUGCCCUGGCCCCGCCCCGUUUCCUUACCUGUCCUUUGUUUAGACUCACCUGUGCUCUCUGGUCUUCCUCUGUCAGGCCAAAGGUGGCACACUAUCAGGCAGAAAUAAUGUCUGAUAGUGUGACAGAUGGGGUUGGGGUAAGGUUAGGCUUAGGGGUGGGGUUAAGGUUGGGAUUUGGUUAGGCUAGGGUUAAGGCUAAGGUUAGAGCUCGAGUUAGGUUUAGUGUUAGGGCUGGGGUAAGGGUUAGCAUUAGCGAUACGGGGUAGGUUAGGAGUGUCAUCUAAUGUGAGAAUACAACCGAUGGUAGCUUUAAUGUACUGCUUGUGCGUGGCUUUAUGCUAAAUUCAAGUUUUGAAUUGCAGAUUGGGGGCUCUCUAAAUUGAAAUCGCACUGUAGCAAAGCGCUGAGUCUCGGUGUGUAACCAGAUCUGAUGCACUUAGCUCUAGUUACUGUGGACAUGCCAUCUCAAAGCCUUGUUAACCACUCUGUUCAACUAUUAAACCUCGCUGGGAUUUUUAAACCUCAUUUUCCGCUCAAUAUGUUCACCGUCGGAGCAAGUCGG